GAAACAUAAAGAAAUAGAGAGAGAUUUGGCAAUGGUGGUGGCGAUGAAUUGAUUGGGGAAAAAGGCAGAUUUCAUAUCUUCAACUCCUCUCUCAGUCGCUCACUCUGCCCCACCCACUACUACUCUACGACAAUUGACAGCCGCUCACUGCCUCUCUCUCAACCCUAUCGCUAAAGGAACCUUUUCUCCUUUUUCAAGUGUGCCCCGGAAUCAUUGCCGAGAGGACUAGUCGAUUUCGUUCUGAACGGCGUCUUCAGAAAACAGGGGAGAGCUGAGGCAAGGGGAUAUAUAUACGUGCAGAAUUGAAGAAGAAUAGGAGUCAUAGUUGAUUGAAAUGGCUUUCGAGCCAUUUGAGUGGUACUGCCAACCUGUCAAGAACGGGGUCUGGGCAAGAGCAGUGGAAAAUGCAUUUGGAGCUUACACCCCGUGUGCAACUGACUCUUUGGUUAUCUGCAUUUCCCAUCUGGUUCUUCUGGGGUUGUGCAUAAAUCGGCUAUGGCGGAUGAAAAGAGACUUCUCAGUUCAGAGAUUUCUCCUAAAAUCAAAUUAUUACAACUAUUUGUUGGGUCUGGUGGCUCUUUAUUGUACUGGAGAACCUUUGUUUAGAUUGAUGAUGGGAAUUUCAGCAUUCAACGUGGACGGCCAGCCUGGUCUUGCCCCAUAUGAGAUGGCUUCUUUAGUCAUUGAGGCUGUAACAUGGUGCACUAUGCUUUUGAUGAUUGGACUGGAGACAAAGGUGUACAUCCGUGAAUCACGUUGGUCUGUGAGGUUUGGGGUCAUUUAUGCUCUUGUAGGAGAUGCUGUAAUGCUGAACCUUGUUCUUUCUGUCAAGGAGUAUUAUGAUUGGUCAGUUCUCGCUUUGUAUGCUAGUGAAGUGGCUGUCCAGGUUUUAUUUGGUGUCCUCUUGGCUGUUUAUAUCCCUGAUUUGGAUCCCUAUCCGGGAUAUACCCCAAUGCAAACUGAAUCUGAGGACAAUACUGCUUAUGAAGAACUUCCUGGAGGGGAGCAAAUUUGUCCUGAGAGACGAGCCAACUUAAUUUCUCAAAUUACGUACUCAUGGAUGAGCCAGAUCAUGAAACUUGGUUAUAGAAGGCCUCUCACGGAGAAGGAUGUUUGGCAACUUGAUUCUUGGGAUAAAACAGAAACACUUAAUGACUCGUUCCAAAAAUCUUGGGCUAAGGAGAUUCGGAAACCCAAACCUUGGCUGUUAAGAGCUUUAAAUCGUAGCCUUGGUGGAAGAUUUUGGUGGGGAGGCUUCUGGAAGAUAGGGAAUGAUCUUUCUCAGUUUGUUGGUCCCCUUAUACUCAACCUUCUCUUAGAGUCAAUGCAACGAGGAGACCCAGCUUGGAUUGGUUACAUCUAUGCAUUCUCAAUUUUUGUUGGAGUGGUAGUUGGUGUGUUAUGCGAAGCUCAGUAUUUUCAGAAUGUCAUGCGUGUUGGCUAUCGUCUAAAAUCAACUUUGGUUGCUGCAGUUUUCCGCAAAUCUUUAAGGUUGACUCAUGAGAGCCGCAAAAUGUUUGCAUCUGGUAAAAUUACUAAUUUGAUGACUACAGAUGCUGAAGCUCUUCAGCAAAUAUGUCAAUCACUCCACACUUUGUGGUCAGCCCCUUUCCGAAUUAUUGUUUCCCUGAUUCUUCUUUACCAGCAGCUGGGUAUUGCUGCUCUUCUCGGGGCACUUUUGCUUGUUCUUCUAUUUCCUAUACAGACAUUUGUUAUAAGCAAGAUGCAAAAGCUGACAAAAGAAGGAUUACAACGUACAGACAAGAGAAUUGGGCUCAUGAAUGAAAUAUUGGCUGCUAUGGAUACUGUCAAAUGUUAUGCAUGGGAGAAUAGUUUCCAGACUAAGGUUCAAAUUGUCAGGAAUGAUGAGUUAUCAUGGUACCGGAAAGCUCAGCUGCUUGGAGCUUUGAACAGUUUCAUGCUUAACAGCGUACCUGUUGUGGUGAUUGUAAUUUCAUUUGGUAUAUUCACUUUACUUGGAGGAGAUUUGACACCUGCAAGGGCCUUCACAUCUCUGUCAUUAUUUGCUGUCUUACGUUUCCCACUUUUCAUGCUUCCAAAUAUUAUAACACAGGUUGUUAACGCAAAUGUCUCACUGAAACGUCUGGAGGACCUUCUUCUAGCCGAUGAACAAGCUCUCUUUCCUAAUCCACCCAUUGAACCAGGAUUACCAGCUAUCUCAAUCAGGAAUGGAUACUUUUCUUGGGAGGCAAAGGCAGAAAGGCCAACUUUGUCAGAUAUCAACUUGGAUAUACCAAUCGGUAGCUUAGUUGCUAUUGUUGGCAGCACUGGGGAAGGAAAGACAUCCCUUGUGUCAGCAAUGCUUGGAGAGCUUCCUCCAGUGGCAGAUGCAAAUGUGGUCAUCAGAGGGAAUGUUGCUUAUGUACCACAAGUUUCAUGGAUUUUUAAUGCUACAGUCCGUGACAACAUACUGUUUGGUUCCCCAUUUGAACCUGCAAGGUAUGAGAAGUCGAUAGAUAUAACCUGCCUGCAGCAUGAUCUUGAAGUACUGCCAGGUGGUGAUCUUACUGAAAUAGGAGAACGUGGGGUCAAUAUCAGUGGAGGGCAAAAACAGAGGGUAUCCUUGGCUCGGGCUGUUUAUUCUAAUUCAGAUGUUUACAUAUUUGAUGAUCCUCUAAGUGCUCUGGAUGCACACGUGGGACGUCAGGUUUUUGAGAAAUGCAUCAAAACAGAAUUAAGAGGGAAAACAAGAGUUCUAGUCACGAAUCAGCUACAUUUUCUGUCAGAAGUGGAUAGAAUUCUCUUGGUGCAUGAAGGUACAGUGAAAGAGGAGGGAACAUAUGAAGAGCUCUCAAACAAUGGCAUUCUAUUCCAGAAAUUGAUGGAAAAUGCUGGAAAAAUGGAAGAGUAUGUAGAAGAACCAGAAGAUGUUGGAAAAGUUGAUGAUAAAGACUCUAAGCCCACCGUUAAUGGUACGAACAAUGAGAUGUCCAGAGAUGAAAACCACACACACAAAAAAGAAGGGAAGUCUAUCCUUAUAAAGCAGGAAGAACGAGAAACUGGUGUUGUGAGCUGGAGUGUUUUGAUGAGAUACAAAAAUGCUUUAGGAGGUGCUUGGGUUGUUAUGAUUAUGUUUUCAUGCUAUGUUUCAACGGAAGUCCUGCGAAUUUCAAGCAGUACAUGGCUAAGUUAUUGGACAGAUGAAGGGAGCCACCAGGAUACACAUGGGCCAUUAUACUACAACUCGAUUUAUUCACUCCUCUCAUUUGGUCAAGUUCUGGUUACUUUAAUAAAUUCAUUUUGGUUGAUCACUUCAAGCCUUUAUGCUGCCCGAAGAUUGCACAAUGCCAUGCUAGAUUCUAUUCUUAGAGCUCCAAUGGUGUUCUUUCACACGAAUCCACUUGGACGAAUCAUCAAUAGAUUCGCCAAGGAUCUAGGUGACAUUGAUCGAACUGUCGCUCCUUUUGCGAACAUGUUUCUAGGUCAAGUGUCACAGCUUAUUUCAACAUUUGUACUCAUUGGAAUAGUCAGUACAAUGUCUUUGUGGGCCAUUAUGCCUCUUCUGGUCUUGUUUUAUGUAGCCUAUCUAUACUACCAGAGCACAGCCAGAGAAGUAAAGCGCUUGGACUCCAUCAGUCGGUCUCCUGUGUAUGCCCAGUUUGGAGAAGCACUUAAUGGUGUUUCAACUAUUCGUGCAUAUAAAGCACAUGAUCGGAUGUCCACCAUCAAUGGGAAUUCAAUGGACAACAAUAUCAGAUUUACUCUUGUUAGCAUGAGUGGGAACCGCUGGCUUGCCAUUCGUUUAGAGACAGUAGGAGGCCUUAUGAUUUGGUUUACAGCAGCCUUUGCUGUUUUACAGAACGGAAGAGCAGAGAACCAAGAAGCGUUUGCCUCUACAAUGGGGUUGCUUCUCAGUUAUGCGUUGAACAUUACAAGCUUAUUGACUGCUGUUCUACGACUUGCUAGUCUGGCAGAAAAUAGUUUGAAUGCUGUUGAGCGCGUUGGCACUUAUAUAGAUCUGCCGUCAGAAGGUCCAGCCAUAAUUGAGGAUAGCCGCCCACCUCCCGGCUGGCCUUCCGCUGGAUCCAUUCGAUUUGAAGAUGUUGUUCUACGAUAUAGGCCAGAACUCCCUCCUGUUCUACAUGGAAUAUCCUUCAGCAUUUCUCCAAGUGAUAAGGUUGGAAUAGUUGGAAGGACAGGGGCUGGGAAAUCGAGCAUGCUAAAUGCUUUGUUCCGAAUGGUUGAGCUGGAAAAGGGAAGAAUACUGAUUGAUGAUUGUGACGUUUCAAAGUUUGGAUUAAUGGACCUCCGAAAGGUUCUUGGCAUCAUUCCACAGUCGCCUGUCCUUUUCUCAGGAACCGUUAGGUUUAAUCUUGACCCAUUCAACGAACACAAUGAUGCUGACCUGUGGGAGUCUUUAGAAAGGGCACACCUAAAAGAUGUCAUCAGGCGGAAUCCUUUGGGCCUUGAAGCUGAGGUCUCUGAAGCAGGGGAUAAUUUCAGUGUCGGGCAGCGACAGUUAUUGUCUCUUUCUAGAGCAUUACUUCGGAGAUCAAAGAUUCUAGUUCUUGAUGAAGCAACAGCUGCUGUGGAUGUCAGAACUGAUGCGCUCAUCCAGAAGACUAUCCGCGAAGAGUUCAAAUCCUGCACAAUGUUGAUCAUUGCUCACCGCUUGAAUACCAUCAUUGACUGCGACAAUAUCCUUCUACUCGAUGCUGGCAAGGUUCUCGAAUUCGACACUCCUGAAGCACUGCUGCGGAAAGAAGGCAGUGCAUUCUCUAAGAUGGUGCAGAGCACAGGGACUGCAAACGCCGAAUAUCUGCGUGGCCUCGUGCUUAGAGAGGGCGAAAAGCGCGCAAAAGAGAAACAGCUGGAUGGGCAACGGAGAUGGCUCGCCUCGUCUCGCUGGGCUGCAGCCGCGCAGUACGCGCUCGCGGUCAGCCUCACUUCGUCGCAGAACGACCUCGUGCAGCUGGAGAUCGAUGAGGACAACAGCGUCCUCAGGAAAACAAGGGACGCCGUGAUCACGCUCCAAGGAGUGCUGGAGGGGAAGCACGACAAAGAAAUCGAAGAGAAUCUCGAAAAGCACAACGUUUCUAAGGACGGUUGGUGGUCGUCUCUCUACAAAAUGAUUGAAGGACUUGCCACGAUGAGCCGACUCACUCGCAACAAGUUCCAUCAAGGGGAUGAUUUUGAUGACCGAACCACAAUCGACUGGGACCAAGCCGGCAUGUAGGCCGGAUCUCAGCCCGUUGCCAUCUGCAGGAAUGAUUUAGGUCGAAUAAAAUCUUGGACCUGCCGGAGAAUCAGCCAUUCUUGCAGGGAAUUAUUGAACAUGAAAUGAGUCUGUUGUUGAGACUUUCCACAGCUGUAACAUCCUAGUUUUUGUUAGUAAAUUUUGAGGCCCUUUGAUUAUUUUACCACUUACUAAAUUCAUGUCAUUUUCCACAAAAAGAUGUACUCCUAUUUGAAUAUAUACUUUUUAGAUACUGUCAGAAAAACUUGGAGGGAAAACUGUACUUCAAGAAUUCCUCCAUUUUUUCUAUUGGGAUUCAUUUAACCUUUAGUUUCGGUUAAAA